GGAAGUAGCUGAUAAUUAAUAAAAAUUCUGAAUUUAAUGUUAAAGAGAGUAUUUUAAUUAAAUGUUUGCUCAAGAGUAAAUUUCUUUUUCCUAAAGUCGAGUCCUUUCUUCUAUCUAAAUUAUUAAAAGCUAUAAAAAUAAAGAGAGAAAUAAGCAUGCAAAAAAAGAAAGAAACCUCUUAGCCUUUUUUUCACAUCAUAAUAAGAUUUUGAGAGUUUAAUUCAACUUUUUGUGUGAGCUUAGUGUUUUGGUAAAAUUGAAAUUUAUAAUUAAUUAUCUGAAGAAAUUAAUUUGAAAAAUGGACGAGAUUUAAAAAAAAAAAAAAAUUUAUUUUACAGAUUUUACUAAUGAAGAAAUGAGUUCUAAAGAAGUUUAAAAUAAUUUAUAAUUAGAUCAACUUUCCUUUUUUGUGACAAAAUCCUAAUUUUCAUAAAAUCUACUUGUUAGAUUAUAAAAUUAUUGCUAAUAAAUGGAAAACUUAAAAUUUAUUUCGAUUUAUAUUGGAACUAAUAUGUUUAUAGGUGAAAGAGGAAUAUCUACGAUUUUUUAAACCUUAAAAAACAUGCAAAAUCUACUAAAUUUAAAGUUAAAAAUAGAUGAAGGAAAUUAAAUAGGAUAAAACAGUUGUUAAGAGCUAAUUUUAGGUCUUAAUUCAUUGCACCAUUUGAAGUCUCUAAAGCUAAAAUUAAAUUUGUUUAAAAACAUUAAGAAACCAGAAUCAGAUUUUAUUGGAAAAAGUUUUUGUGAGCUAAUUUAAUUAGAAAGUUUAUCUAUAACUUUUUACAAUUAUAAAAUAGGAGAGAGAAAUACUUAAAAAGAAUUAAUAAAUUCCAUUAAAAAUUUGGUAAAAUUAAAAUAUCUUUAACUGAAAAUCAAAGACAGCUCUUUAAAGGUGUUUGAUUGUUAUGAUAUUUUGAAUUUUGGCCAAUUUAUUUUGCCUGAUUUAUAAGAAUUUUCCUUUUCUUUAAAAAAUAAUAAUUUGAUGAAGCCUAAAACAGAAAUUUUAAAUCAAUUCUUAGAAGUUUUAAAUCUUAACUAAGAAUUUAUUGAGGAUUAAAUUGAUGAAAGAAUAAUAUCAAUAGAAUUUGACAAUUAUGUUUCAUAGCAUUUAAUGCAAAUAGCUUUAAGUUUAAUCUAAGAUUUAUCACAUUUGAUAUUUCCAAAACUAACAAUAGCCUUUAAUUCAUUUGAAUAAUCUGAUAACCUAACAAAAAUGACUAAUUAAUUAACAAAAUUGCAAGGAAUUUAAGAAUUGAAUAUAAAAAUAACAAAAGAGAUUUCUAUCAUUGAUUUUUUUCUAUUCUUAAAAGAUUUAACAACAUUAAAAAAUUUAUAAAAAUUUUCUUUUGAAGCUUCUUAUUUAUCUGAGCUAAUUGAAAUAGAUGAAUCUGAAGAUAAUAAUUUAAUGUAAUAAGAUGAAUAAGAAAAUCCAAAAUAAGAACUUCAGGAUGAAAUAGGAGAAGAAUAAAUAGCUAAUUAUGAUAAAAAUAAUGAACUUAUAAUUCAUGAACAAAUAAACGAAAAAAAUGACUCAUAAAAAUAACAAAAUGAAUAAAAAAUAAACCAAAUACUUGAAGAUGAAAUAAUUAAAUAAUUCAAUUAGAAUGAAGAAAGUUAAGAGCUUCAAAAUGAUUUCAAUGAAAUAAAAAUGAAAGAAUAAAAGUUUUAAGAAGCAAAAUAAGAUUUUGAUAGCAAUUUAGCAUAAAAUAAUUUAUAAAAUACAGAGAAAGAUGAAAUUAAAGAACAUCAAAAUGAUAAAUUUCAUAUUGAAGAGUUUUAAGAAAUUAAAAAAGAAGGAUUUUAAGAGUUUGAAGAAUUCUUAAUGAAAUAGAACGAAAUGAAAUAAAAAACAGUAACAAAUUAAGUUUAAGCAUUCGAAAAUGUUACUGUAAAUAAUAAAGAAAAAGAAGAAACUGUGAAAGAAGUAGAUUAAGAAUAUCAAAAUGAUGUUAUAAAUUUAAUUAAGAAUGAAGAAAAAUAAGAAAAUAAAUGUUUAACAGAAAAACAAAUUUAAGAGGAUAGAUAAGAAGAAUAAGUAAUAAAAGAAAAUAAUAAUUGUAUUGACAAUUCAACAACAAUAACAACAAGAAUAUUUGAAGAUAUGGAACGUAUAAAGAGCUAAGGUUGA